GACGAUGGCCGACGAGACCAGGCUGAAGCUCUUGACCUUUAACUGCUGGGGUCUGAAGUAUGUUUCAAACUAUCGAACAGAACGAAUAAGGGCCAUUGCGACCGCGCUCGCAUCCUCGGACUACGAUGUCAUCACGCUGCAAGAGCUCUGGGUCUUCGCCGACUUCGAGUAUGUGCGCGCAGCGGUAUCCAAGCGUCUGCCGUUUUCCAAGUUCUUCUAUAGGCAAGUACGGAUCGGGGCGCUCGGAGCAGGCCUGGUCAUUUUCUCCCGGUUCCCAAUCGUUGCUGCCACUAUCCAUCCGUACUCUUUGAACGGCUCACCAGUCGACGUCGUUGGUGGCGAUUGGUUCGUGGGCAAGGCAGCAGCUAGCAUCAUCUUCGCCCAUCCCAUCUUGGGGCAAGUGCAGCUUUACAAUACUCACCUGUUUGCCAAAGGCGGAGACGAAGGUCCGGAACACCAGAGGGCGCACCGUCUCGUCAACGCCUGGGAGUUCGCCAAGCUCGCCAGGCAGUCCGCAGAGGUUGGCCGCUAUGUCAUCGCCUCGGGCGACUUCAACAGCGUCCCAGCGACGCUACCCAUGAGCAUCAUCCGCGAUCACGCGGGGCUCACCGACGCCUGGGUCGUCACCCACCCCAACACCCCCGACCCCACUCUGAGCAAUCUUCCGACGCCCCAAGACGCGAUUCACAUACACGGUGUGACCGCCGACUCGCCUCUGAACUCGUACUCUGCGGGCAAGCAGCUUGAGCCCCUCGCCCGCAAAUUCCAGGGCAAGCGCCUCGACUACGUAUUCUACCGCCAGCCAAGCAGCCUGCACGCAACCGCGCGCACUCCCGUGCUCCGGGCCGUGGACACACGCGUCGUGCUGACCGAGCGCGUGCCCGGGUACCCGUUCUCGUACUCGGACCACUUUGGGCUGGAGGCGACGUUCGAGAUCGAGUCCCCGCAAGGCGGGGACGUCACGAACCCGGACAGCGUCGACAUCCCUGCGCCCGCAGAGAGCAGGCGGGGCCCAUCGUUUGCGAUAAGCUCGCAGGCGAAUCCUCAACCGGCGUUGUCGGCCCAGGACAUCUCGGUCGAGUCGAUCACUCAGGCCCUUACAUCGCUCACCGCGCGCUACAGGUUCGCGCAGAACCAGGGCCGACAGCAACUGUUCGUCUUCUUGGUGUGCUUGUUCCUGCUCGUCGCCAUCGUCGUCACGUCGGCGUGGUUCCCAUUCUACAUCAACCCAGUGCUAUACUUGGUCACAGUCGCCGUCGCGUGGCUUGCCACGACGAUGCUUUACCUCGGGUUCGUGUACGGCAAUUGGGAGGUGAACGCGCUUACGAAUAUCAUCGAGGAGCUCGAGCUGUAUCGUGCAUAUCUCGAGGAUGCUCGGCGGAACGCAGGCGGCUCACGGUCGUAG